CGAAGCCGUACAGUAGCUCAUUAAAAUCUCCUUAAUUUUCCCGCUGCUUCAUUUUAAAAAUACCCAAUCACCAUUCAAUUUUGACUCUUUACGCGCCGUUACGAUGGCGCCAUCCACCGCCGCCUCACCGCCCCCGCCGUUAGAAGAGGAGCCGUUACCUCACGACGGCGAAACUUACGACGUUAACGACGACGCCGCUUCUUUCGGCGACGUUCCACUGGACGACGAGGGUUUCCCGUCGCAACUCCCGGGACCGGAAACGGCGUCGGAAAAGAGCAGUUUCGCCGCCGAUUUCUAUCGCUGUGGAACCGAUUGGUCCUCGUUGUUGUCGCCGGAAGAAAGUGGACGCAGCGAUUCGGCGCAUGAUUCGGGGAAGAAGCUGAAGCAGGCCAAUCUGUUUCAGAUUUGGGGUUUCAAAAGAAACGACGCCGUUGGUUCCGUUGAAUGUGGACCCAGUCGAAGUGGUUAUUGUGAUGACGGUGGUGCUUCUUCUGAGAGGAAGGCUGUGAAACCUGGAAAUUGGGGUUCAAUUUUGCGCGACACAGGGAAAGAGUUCGAGAACACGAAAUCUUCUCGCAAGAGGAAGGGUUUCGGUGGUGAAAAUAGGGUUACGCGUUCCUGCCCCUUUUAUAAGAAAAUCCCAGGGACAACGUUCACUGUUGAUGCUUUUCGUUAUGGGUGUGUUGAUGGCUGCUCGGCAUAUUUUCUUAGUCAUUUCCACUGUGAUCACUAUGGUGGCCUUAGCAAGAAAUGGUCGCAUGGCCCUAUAUAUUGCUCUCCUCUGACAGGCCGGCUUGUUCAAAUGUGUCUCUCGGUAAAUCCUUUGUAUAUCCACCCUUUGGAAUUUAAUACUGAACAUGUGAUUGAUGGUGUCAAAGUGACUUUUUUAGAAGCUAAUCACUGCCCUGGGGCAGCUUUGAUUUACUUUGACCUCCCAAAUGGUCAACGCUAUUUGCACACUGGGGACUUUAGAGCGUGUAAACAAAUGCAAUCUUAUCAUCUUCUUGUAAAUCAACGCGUGAAUGUACUUUAUUUGGAUACCACAUAUUGCAACCCAAAAUACAUGUUCCCUUCCAAGCAAGAUGUUCUCAAUUAUGUUGUUAAAAUUACAAAGAACCACCUCAAAUUGCAUCCCAGAACUUUAGUAGUUGUUGGGGCAUAUAGUAUUGGCAAAGAAUGUGUAUAUCUUGCAAUUUCUAAGGCUCUUGGGGUAAAAAUUUAUGCGAAUGCUUCAAGGAGGCGGAUUUUGCUAGCUUUUGGUUGGCCUGAACUUUCAGAUAGUCUCUGUACGAAGGGAAAUAACACACUUCUCCAUGUUCUGCCCAUGUCAUCUUUGAGAUUUGAGACCUUAAAGGAUUACUUGAAGACCUACAAGGAGCAAUUCACAGCAAUUUUGGCGUUUCGUCCAACAGGUUGGACCUUCAGUGAGAAGACACGCAACGAUCUGGAACUAAUUAAACCUGUUUCCAAAGGAAAUAUCACGACGUAUGGGGUUCCCUACAGUGAGCACUCCAGCUUCACAGAACUGCGAGAUUUUGUUCAGUUUUUGAGGCCUGACAAGAUAAUCCCGACUGUGAAUGCCGGGAAUGCUGCUAAUCGAGAAAAGAUGCAAUCCUACUUCCGAGACUGGUUGAAGGGCUAAAGUUUAAGUCUCAGGCUCUCUUCUGUUCCUAAAGGAGAUUGAAUUUUUUGUCCGAAAUUUCUAUUAUGAAACCAAUUUGCGGGGACUCAACAUUUAUUGCUGCUUGCAGAAGGUGGUGAUAUAUGAAUUCUUUUGCAACUUAAGUCAUCUGGGCCAGGGCUACAUGCUUUCUCAAAUUGCCUCAGUGAAUGUGCAACAGGUGGUUAUCUACGUGUUUCACCGGUAUGCUUCCCAUUUGUUAUCACUAUAAUCAUCCUGAAAGGUCGUACUGCAGGGAAUACAACAAUUUUGCGACAACCAAAAUAGGAAAAAUAAAAUAAAAUGAGAUGUCAUGCCUUCUAUUCUGGUUGUCUUCUGUGUACUAUAUCACUUCCCCAUUUUAAAAUAAAGUAGCAGUGAAGAUUCCCUCAUGAUUCCUAUUAUUUGUAGAAAACGAAAAAAGAAAUUGCUGUAGUUCUAUUCUGUAGGACUUUGUUAAAUUAUAUUAUAUCUUUAGAGGAGCUUUUAUCUGAUUGUAUUUUGAGAAAUAAACCACAGUAUGAUUUACGAAAACAAUGUAUGGGCUGCGGGGAAUCGCAUCUUAUCUUUAUGUAGUUCGUUGUAUGUUGGUGGAAGUAGUUAAGCUGCCAUUAAGAUUGGCCAAAAUUUUCAUACGAAUAAUUAGGGUGAAUUUGAAUUCACUUUUUGCAUGCUCAACUUGAGUUUAUAGUGUAAUUUAUAAUGUAACAAUAUUUAGCUAUUUGAUCUUCAAUGCUUUUAGCGUGA